UAUGAAUAUUUCAAUAUGCAAAUUUUAUUUGGUUCACUGUAUUGUACAUUUAACCUUCCAUAGUAAAUUAUUGCUGAGCACGGCUUUUCAGAACAAACCUAAGACCAAAAAAUUAAAACGAAUUGUAACGAUUACUGGAUAUUAUCUUACUCAUAUACUGAUGACUAUUUCAACGCUUACUAAAAGGGAAUAUUUAUGAGAAUGAAGUCGAAAGAUAAAACAUCAGAUAGUGAAUGUACUUCUUCAACAACAGUAUUAACAGAUGGUAUACCUGUGAAACGAAGACUUGGAUUCCUCAGUGGUGUGUCGGUCAUUGUAGGAACUAUUAUAGGUUCUGGUAUUUUUGUCUCCCCUAAAGGCGUCUUACAGAAUACUGGUUCAGUAGGUGUUUGUCUUAUAACAUGGUGUGGAUGUGGACUCAUAUCUUUGAUGGGCGCGCUUGUAUAUGCAGAACUUGGAUUGCUCAUUCCAAAAUCUGGAAGUGACGUGGCAUAUUUAUUGGCGGCAUUUGGAAAUUUUCCAGCUUUCAUGUAUACUUGGGCACAGCUAUUAAUCUUUCCGGGAGGACAAGUUAUUAAAAGUUUGACAGUAGCCGAAUAUAUUUCGAAAGCUGUGUUUGAUGAGUGCGGGCCAAAUGAAGCAACAAAGAAAACAAUAGCUGCCUUUGUUUUAUUAUCUGCGGGUAUAACCAAUUGUAUAAGUGUUCGCCUAGUUGCCAGGACCCAGAUACUAUUUACAACCUUGAAGUUGGCGGGAUUAACAAUCAUUAUUGUUGGUGGUAUUAUUUCACUAGCCAAAGGACAGUUCGGAAGUUUGACUACUGGGUUUGAUGGGACUAUAGACAACCCAACAACUAUAGUAUCUGCUGUGUAUAGUGGACUCUGGGCUUUCGAUGGAUGGGCUCAAUUGAAUUUCGUUGUCGAGGAAUUAAAGAAACCAAAACGGAACCUACCACUGUGUAUCAUUACCUCUGUACUUCUGGUCUUGGUGGUCUAUUUAUUGGUGAAUGUAUCUUACUUUGCUGUACUCAAUAAAGAUGAGUAUUUGUCAUCAUGGGCAGUUGCAGGGACCUGGGCAGAAUAUGUAUUACCUGGAGCAGUAGUGUUGGUACCCAUAACUGUUGCCUGUUCAGUAUAUGGGUCAUUAAACUCAUCGGGUUUUGCUGUUGGUAGAAUCAUCUUUGCUACAGCAAGGGAAGGACUUUUUCCAGAGUGUCUUUGUUACUUAAACAUCAACUCAAACAUACCAUUACCAUCUACCAUACUGAUAGUAGCAUUGUCUUUUAUCAUGAUACUACCCUCAAACAUAAGUCUAUUGCUGAAUUUGCUUGGAUUUUUGACAUGGUUCUUUUAUGGAUUUGGAAUGGUUGCAAACCUAGUUUUACGAUUCAAAAUGAAAGACACUAAACGGCCAUUAAAGGUACCGAUACUCAUACCUAUACUGGUACUUAUUUGCUGUGUGUACUUAGUAGUAGCACCAUUCCUUGAACCAGUAAAAGUUGAAUUUUGGUAUGCUGUCACGUAUUUAGCAGUGGGUGUGGUUCUUUAUUUCCCGUUUGCAUUUUUUAAACUCAGCGUUCCAGGCAUGGACAAAGUCAACACUUUAGUGCAAUGCCUAAUGACUUCAGCACCACCACAACAAAUAAGAACUUAGAAGAAUAAUUUCCAUAAAGAUAAGGACAAAUUGAAUGUGUUUUGUAACUACCUGUAAAUUUUAUAUUAAUGACAGGUUUGAAGAAAGCGGUUUUUAGUCUUCUUAUCAUUUGAACAAAAUUGGAAAACAAAAAUAACAUUGACAUGAAGUUUUUAUAUUU